AUGGACGAUGAGUAUACUAUUUGGAUAGGACUGCCAAGAUAUAGUGAGGAGUAUACAAGGGGGAUUAGGUCUUUUAUAGAAAAUGCUUUUCCCAUUUUUGGAAAAGGAGAUGAAAUGCAGUGCCCCUGCAAGAAUUGUAUGAAUCGUAAAUGGCAUCGUCAAGAUGUAGUUUAUGAUCACCUCAUUUGCAGUGGGCCAUCCUCGAUACAUGUCAAGUGGAUUUGUGACAUAUCGAGUUCAAAAAACAGAUCAAGGAAUGAAUCUAUGGGGAAUGAAACAGGAAUGGAUUUUGGAGAUAAUUUAGGUGCCAUGUUCAGGGGUACUGGUAUGAAAUUUGACAAUGUAGGAGAAUCUGAAGAUUUACCAAAUGGAGAGGCAAAAAGAUUUUACGGGCACGUCAAAGAGGGAAAACAACCUUUAUACCCUGGCUGCACUAAUUUCUCUCGAUUAAGCUUCAUGAUCAGACUUUAUUAUUUAAAGUGUGUCCAUGGAAUUAGUGAGUCAGCCUUCAGUGAUUUACUAAAGUUAAUAAAAGAAGCUUUUCCUCAUGCCCACCUGCCUUUAUCAUUCAAUGCCGCGAAGAAUAUUAUUAAAGAUAUAGGUUUAGAUUACAAGAAAAUACAUGCAUGCCGAAAUAGUUGCAUGUUGUAUUGGGCUGAAAAUGAAGAUAAAGAUGUUUGUCACAUUUGUGGUGCUUCGAGGUGGAUUAUACAUGAAAAGAAAGGAAGUGGAGAUAAUGAUCCGAAGCAGAUAAUUCACAAAGUGCCAGCAAAUGUGAUGAGAUACUUUCCCCUCAAGCCAAGGUUACAAAGGUUGUUCAUGUGCAAAGAGUAUUCGAAAAUGAUGACUUGGCAUGCAGUGGGACGAAAAGAUGAUGGCAAACUAAGGCAUCCUGCUGAUGCGGUGGCUUGGAAGACUAUGGACGCUCUUUAUCCUGAAUUUUCUGCUGAAAACCGAAACGUUAGGUUGGGGGUUGCAGCUGAUGGGUUUAAUCCUUUUCGGACGAUGAGUUUAAGUCACAGUACAUGGCCAAUCAUACUUGUGAACUACAACCUUCCACCUUGGUUGUGCAUGAAACAAGAGAACCUGAUUCUAUCCACUUUAAUAUCUGGUCCACAUUCUCCGGGAAAUAGUAUUGACGUGUAUAUGCAACCACUAAUCGCGGAGCUAAAAGAAUUGUGGGAUGUUGGUGUUGAAACGUACGAUGCCUACACCAGUAAAAAUUUUAAUUUACGUGCACGAGUGAUGUGGACGAUAAGCGAUUUCCCCGGAUAUGCCAUGAUGUCCGGAUGGAGCACAAAGGGAUAUCUUGGCUGUCCAAUCUGCCACUAUGAAACUUCUUCAGAAUAUUUGAAGCAUAGUAAAAAAAUAUGUUAUAUGGACCAUAGGAAGUUUCUUGAUCCAACACACAAGUGGCGAUUUGGUAAAAGAAGAUUUAAUGGCAAAGUUGAAUUGAGGGAAAGUCCGCCAAUUUUAUCCGGGACGGAUAUUGAAUUACUGCUCAGGGGUUACGUUAACAGAUUUGGUGGUGCCAAGGAAAAGGGUAAAAAAAGGGACACCCCAAUUAAAAAGAAAAGCAUAUUUUUUGAUUUGCCAUAUUGGUGUCACAAUCCACUUCGACAUAACCUUGACGCAAUGCACAUAGAAAAGAACGUGUGUGACAAUAUAUUAGGUACAUUGCUCAAUAUCAGUGGCAAGUCAAAGGAUCAUAUAAACGCACGUUUGGAUUUGCAGGAAUUGGGAAUAAGAAGGUCCCUACAUCCUGUUGAAUCUGAUGAUGGGAAUCAUGUUGAAAUAAGAGCAGCCAUAUUUGACAUGACUAAUAAGGAGAAGGAAAUAUUUUGCUCCGUAUUGAAGAAUGUCAAGCUCCCUUAUGGUUGCGCUUCUAACAUCAGCAGGUAUGUGCACUCAAGUGAGAGGAAGAUUAUGGGAUAUAAAAGCCACGACGCACAUUUUAUGCUUCACUAUUUGCUAGCAUUUUGUGUCAAGAGAACAUUAAAGCCUGAGGUGGCAUUGCCAUUGAUAAGAUUAAGUGCUUUUCUUAGAGGGUUGUGGAACAAGGCUGUUGACUUGGAAGAUAUUAAGAGGCUGCAACAAGAGAUUAUUGAAAUACUUUGUCAAUUUGAGAUGAUUUUUACACCACCUUUUUUUGAUAUCAUGGUCCACUUGCUUAUUCAUUUAUGCAAUGAAGUAGAGCUUGGUGGACCAGAACACCUUCGUUGCAUGUUUUCCAUUGAAAGGUAUCUUGCGAAGCUCAAAUCCUAUGUUCGAAACAGAAGUAAGCCUGAAGGAUCAAUCGCAGAAGGUUACUUGGCGGAGGAAUGUGUAACAUUCUGCUCUAGAUUCCUGGGUGGUGAUGGGGGGAUGGAAAAUUCCAUGUACUCGACUAACUUGGAGCCCUGCCCAGCAGAAGUGCAGUAUCAUAUUGGUACACGGAAGAAUAAAGAUGGAAAAAUAUUCAAAUUAAAAGAAAUUGAAUGGGAAGCAACUCAUAGAUAUGUCCUGUUUAACUCUGGUAACGAGGACAUUGAGAGGCUAAUUGAGGAGCAUCGAGCUUUAAUGAAUGGGCAUGCUGGUCCGAAAAGAUACAGGACAGAGCGCGCUCAUACAGAUGAGUUUUCAAAGUGGUUAAAGGAGGUGGUUAUUAAAAGGGGAUACAGUUCAAGAGAUUUGGAGGUUUUAGCACUAGGUCCUAAUCGUAGAGCUAAGAGGUUUACCGGAUAUGUAAUCAAUGGUUAUAGAUAUCAUACAAAGUCUAGGGAUUCUCGAUGUACCACACAGAAUAGUGGUGUAUUCUUAACUGCUACAACGACUAGUUUUGCAAGUUCAAAAGACCAAAACCCUAUAGUCAGCAGUGUCAACUACUAUGGAUCAAUCGAGGAAAUUUUUGAACUAGAUUACUGGGGAUCUUUGACAGUGGUUAUUUUUAAAUGUUCUUGGUACCAGGAAGAGAAGGAUAACUUUGGUCUUACUAAAGUGAAUUUUAGUAGAUUGUGCCACAAAAAUGAUCCUUAUGUGCUUGCUUCUCAAGUUCAACAAAUUUUUUACGUGGAAGAUCCCAUUGAGAAGUUGGUGAAUUAUGUUAUUAAAAAACUCCCUAGAGAUUGGUGUGAUUCUGAAAUCCAUAAUGCAAUUCAAGAAGACAUAACAAAAGCUAAUUCACAAGAAGAUGAUUUCGUACCACGGGUACAAACUGAAGUUGUUGAUGGCAGCUGGAUGAGUGAUAUGGAAAUCAAUAUAAGGUUUAACCAUGCUGGGGAGUUUAAGUCCAAAAAUUAUGUUGGUGGAAUCUGCAUGGUUGUAUCACGUGUCGAAGUCGACACCUUUUCUUACACUGUCCUCAUGGAGUAUGUGAGAGAUUACCUCCGUUAUACUGAAAUUGGAGGGGUCUAUUGA